ACCAGUAACCACUGUGUAUUUUGUUUUUCCUUCUAUAAAUAACUCCUCUCUUGCGCAGGUUUCAUUUUCGUAUUUCGGCCAGCACUGCCAAAGCAAGCAAAACAGUAAGGAUGAGUUAUUAUAACCAGCAACAGCCUCCCGUCGGCGUUCCUCCUCCCCAAGGAUAUCCUCCUGAGGGGUACCCAAAAGACGCUUAUCCUCCACCAGGUUAUCCUCAAGCGGGUUAUCCCCCACAGGGAUAUCCUCCACCCGGUUACCCACCGCAAGGGUAUCCUCCGGCGGGAUACGCUCCGCCACCACCACCUCAACAACAACAGAGCGGCGGUUUCUUGGAAGGAUGUUUGGCUGCUCUAUGCUGUUGCUGUCUUCUGGACGCCUGCUUCUGAAAGGAGAGAAGAGAGAAACUCUCGCCCAGCAGCUGCUAUUGAUCGACGAAUUAACGAGGUUCAAUUUUAAUGAUUUGGAUAAAAACGAAUCACUCUGGCACGGUGACACCAAACGGGCAUUCUCUGCUUAAAUCCUCUCUGUUUUAGAUUCCAUUUUUUUCCCUUUUAUUAGAGAAUUUGGGAGUUUGUUUAUUACUUGGAAACGUAACCUCACCUUUGGUGGUGUGUGCGGGUUGUGGGGUCAGAUUUGGUAAUGUGGGUUGUGUGCAGGGGUUUCCGUUAUGUCAACUUUACACCUAUUUUUUACUUAAUUUGGUUGAUUGAUAGGAACUUAUGCUCUUUUAACAAAAGUCAGCAACAGUUGUCUUA